AUGGACAAAGCAUACACAGUUAAGAAGUUUGAUUACCACAUGGCAGAGGUAGAGAGAAUUGAUAAGAGGGUCAAAGAUUACUUAAUCAACGUUGAGUAUGAAGGAUGGUCUAGAGCACAUUCCACUGUCAACAGAAUAUUGACAAUGAUUUCAAACAUUGCAAAGUCGAUCAAUGCAGCACUCAAGGCUUCUAGAGAACUCCCAAUACUGCUUUUGCUGAAGUACAUAAGGCAAUUAAUCGGACAAUGGAAGGUUACAAACCAAAAGAAUACAAUAGAGUCAUUUACUGAUCUUGGAAAAAAAUAUGAUACAAUGUUGAUGGACAAUCUCGAAUUGUCACAUCAGAUGAAGGCUCUCCAGUAUAUGUGUUUUGAGGGCAUAUACUUUGUCACCACUAAUGAUAGUUGA